GUUGAGAGAAAAAGGCUUGACUGAGCGCGCUCACGCACCAUCCUAACUCCAAACUGCUCUCUCUCUCUCUCUCCCUCUCCCUCUCCCUCUCAUCAAUAUGUACCUCCAGGCAUUCCCUCCAUUUCCAUCUUCUGCAGCUCUCAAGCAACUCCAAGCCUCCAUCACAGGGAAUGUGUUAUUUUUUGUGCGGCAUCAUCUAUACAAGUGGAAAAGUCAUAUUAGAAUUGACAUGGAUGGGAAAUUUGCGGGGGGUCAAUUUUCCCCAAAGAAAUUGAGAGGAGGAAGGAGAUGUUUCUCAAGAAGUAUUGGAGGAGCUUCUAUUUCUUGUUCAAAUAGUAUGGGGAAGGAUCCGUAUGUUCCUUCUAAUGAAAAGAUCACUAAUGCAAGGCUGAUUUAUGCCGUUGCUCCUGCCAUGGGUCACAACCAGGAGUCCCAUCCAGAAUCUAAUUUUAGAGUUCCUGCAAUUGUUAAUGCUCUUGAAAAGAUGGAACUGACUCCAAAGAUCCGUGGCUCAGAGAUCAUUGAACUUCACAAUUUCAAGCCUGCUUCAAUAGAUGACAUUGCAAGUGUUCAUGCAAGAGCCUAUGUAUCAGGCCUUGAGAAGGCAAUGGAUCAGGCUUCACAAGAGGGUAUUAUAUUCAUUGAUGGUUCUGGGCCAACAUAUGCUACUUCCACUACAUUUCAUGAGUCACUAGUUGCAGCUGGAGCAGGAAUCACCUUAGUUGAUUCAGUGGUUGCAGCAUCAAAAAAUUGCCUGGAUCCACCUGUGGGCUUUGCUUUGAUAAGACCUCCAGGACAUCAUGCUAUUCCAAAGGGGCCUAUGGGGUUCUGUGUUUUUGGAAAUGUGGCCAUUGCAGCUCGUUAUGCCCAACGUGUACAUGGGUUGAAGCGUGUGUUUAUCAUUGAUUUUGAUGUUCACCAUGGAAAUGGGACAAACGACGCUUUUUAUGAUGAUCCGGAUAUAUUUUUCCUUUCAACUCACCAAGAUGGAAGCUACCCUGGUACUGGUAAAGUUGAUGAGGUAGGUCAUCGAGAUGGCGAAGGAACAACAUUAAAUUUGCCUCUACCUGGAGGAUCAGGUGAUAUUGCCAUGACAACUGUGUUUGAUGAAGUUAUUGUACCCUGUGCUCAAAGUUUUAAGCCGGAUAUAAUUCUUGUUUCUGCUGGGGUUGCAGCUCAGUUGUUUUAUGGGGUCAUCCAAUUCCAAGUUGUAUGGUUGUGUUGCAUCUGCAAUUUAACUGCAAAUUUUUCUUUCAAUAACAGUAAGUACAUCUGUCAUUUAUUAGCUUAUUUUUCAAAAUAUAGCAUUUUCUUUCCCUGUUCUUUCUUUUUGAGUUUGCUAUUUCUGGGAGGGAGAAAUGAAUGCAAGGGUUCAACAUGGAUAGACAUUUUAGUGUUUCUCCAGUAUUGAAAUUUAAAUUUGAAUUAAUCAAAUUAACAGACUUAUCUAUCACAUGAUUUCAAUAAUUUAGAUAUUACUUUGUAUGUAAACAAAAUUUUGAAUAUUUAACCCGAAGGGACAACAUCAUCUGCUGCCAAAUGAAACUAUGGCAUAAAGACAUCCUCUAUGGGACCGAGGGCAAUUCUGCCUCCCACCCCUGGAUUUAGAUUGCCUUCAUCUUUAAGUAGCUUAAAAAAAAUUAUCAUUGUCAAUCUAGUCAUUCAAACGUAAAGAAACAUUUUAUAUUUAACUUUCAUAGUCUUUGACCUUAAGAUAGGCUCCUGUCAAUAUUUGGUAAUGCUUCCAAAUUUUAACAACCAGAAGCGGCAACAUCAUCUGCUGCCAAAUGACUAUGGCACAAAGACAUCCUCUAUGGGUCUGAGGGCGAUUCUGCCCCUGCCCCUGGGUUUAGAUUGUCUUGAUCUUUAGGUAGCUUAUAACAAAUUAUCAUUGCCAAUCUAGUCAUUCACCCACUUGCAUAUCUCUCUCUCUC